AUGCAGCUCGUGUCUUCGCCGCGCUUUGACUGGAAACCCCUUAAUCACGGGAAGUCGGGCUCGCUUCGCCUUUCGCCAGACCUGGGGGAAGGCUCGGUAACAGAAAAAAUGAAUUCAUUCAAAUCCUCCGAGCUGGAGUCGAUCAGCAGAUGCCGCGAAGCGCCGACUGCUGGCGAGCGAACGGCGGCUCCGUCGAGAACGGGAAGCAGCUUUGUUUACGCCGUGAAAUUUGCGCUUUGGGUUGGAGCACCCAAAACAAAAUCAUUUUACCUAGUCAGCGGCGGAGUGCCCCUCGUCAUCUGCGGCGUCACAGCCGCCGUCAACAUAGACAACUACGGCAGCGGGGAGCAGGCGCCAUAUUUCAGACAAAUGGGGGGUCUCAUCUGCUGGAUGGCGUGGGAGCCCAGCCUGGGCGCCUUCUUCGGCCCCGCGGCCUUCAUCGCCCUGGUGACCUGCGUCUACUUCCUCUGCGCCUUCGUCCAGCUGCGCCGGCACCCGGAGAAGAAGUACGAGCUGAAGCCGCUGCCGGAGGAGCAGCGGCGGCGGCUGGCGGGCGUGGACGUGCCCGCCCACUGCCACCAGGGCGCCGAGCCGGGGGCCCUGGCCGCGGCGGGGUCCGGCGGCGGCGGGGGCGGCCACUGUCCGGCCGGCUGCCCGGGCGUCCCCGUCAACCCCGCCCUCCUGGCCAACGAGCACUCCUUCAAGGCGCAGCUGCGCACGGCGGCCUUCACGCUCUUCCUCUUCCUGGCCACCUGGACCUUCGGGGCGCUGGCCGUGUCGCAGGGCCACUUCCUGGACAUGGUCUUCAGCUGCCUGUACGGUGCCUUCUCCGUCACGCUGGGCCUCUUCGUGCUCAUCCACCACUGCGCCAAGCGCGACGACGUCUGGCACUGCUGGUGCUCCUGCUGCCCCCGGCGCCGCCGCCCGGCCGCCGCCGCCGCCGCCGCCGUCCCGCCGCGGCCCAAGCUCAACGUGAACGGGGACACGCCGGGCCGCGGCCACGCCCACGCCCACUGCCACCACGACUCGCCGUGCGAGGCGCCGGCGGGCUGCCCGGCCCGCUGCAAGCGGGCGGCCCUCCUCCCCUCCUCGCAGAACCACGCCACCUGCCUGGCGCCGCCGGCGGCGGCGUGCUGCGCCGCGCUGCACAGCCAGCAGCUGGCGGUGGCGGCGGAGGAGCAGCCGGCGGCGGCGGCGGCCACCCACGUACUGCUGCACGCCGACGCCGAGGGCUACCGGCCGGGCAUCCAGCUGCACCCCUGCCUGAAGAGCAGCGCCAGGACUAAAGGCCGGCGCUUCGGCCGGAGGGCCGCGGCGUGCGGGCCGGCGGCGGCGGCGGCGGCGGCGGCCGGGGAGAGGGAGUACGCCUACCACAUCCCGUCCAGCGUGGACGGCGGCAGCGCGCACAGCUCGCGCACCGACAGCCCCCGCAGCAGCGCGCACGAGCACCACGCCCACGUCUGCCCGCACCUGGCCCUCGAGGGCCACCACGACGGGCACCACGCCUGCCACGCCCACGCCCACGAGCCAAUGGUGUGCCACAACCCCUGCCACCGGCACAUCUGCUGCUCCCAGGCCGACCUCUUCCCCUCCCUGUGCCCGGCCGAGGCGCCGGACGCCGGCGUCUUCCUGUGCGGCUGCGGCAAGGCGGCCGAGGAGGACGCCACGGCGGCGCACCGCCACCUGGAGGUGCACGCCGCGCGCAGACAAUCCUACCCCCAGAACCCGCCCAAUCAGAACGGGAUCCUGAAGGGGGGCCUGCACGAAGGACUCCUGUUCGCCUCGGACAGCACGGGGAAUAUACGCACCGGACCCUGGAAGAACGAAACUACUGUGUAG